AUGCAUGUCGUGCAUCUUGCUUGCACAGCUGAUGUGCUGACAUCUCUUCUGGGCGAACUGUCCGACACAUGCUGGCCAUGGCCAGGGAAUUCUCGAGAUGCGCGGCUCGAAUGUGCGUGGUACAGUUACAAGGACUACUGCCAAUGGUGGAAUAUUGCUGAUCGUUGUGAAAGGAAAGUCUUCACCAACGAAGCUCUCCGAUUGGAUUAUGCCACGCUUUCCCAGAAGUACAUGCGUGCUGCCGCGUCGCGGCAUGUAGUUUUUUGGUUGCAGUACCUCAUGGAUACUCUUCUGGCAGACAUGGUUGAGCCUGAAGAUUAUCUUCUGUGGAUGCGAGGUGUUUGCACUGGCCUUGCCGAAAUGGAAUCUGUGCAGCUUCUUAAUGGCCGGUACCUCGGUGACGAUGCCUGCGCAAAACUGCAGCAAGCCUACUACCUUUACAGGGCAUGCUUUGAUCGGCUUGCCAGCCGUAGUUUGUCUUUGGGCAGCACUCGAUGGACGGCGCGCCCAAAGCAACACCAGCUCGAACAUCUGGUGCUAGAUUUUGCUUGCGUCUUGCGCACCAAUCCGCGGCACGAUGCAAACUACAUGGGGGAAGAUGCUGUGAGGCGCGCCAAAAUUUUGGCCGUGAGCAGCCACCCCUUGUAUGUGAGUAGACAUGUACUUCUGAAGUAUGCCCUGCAGGUCUCACUCCGGUACCGUUGA